AUGGCAUCUGGGGUCCUCUGGAGAGUGGAAGAGGAGGAUGAGGAGGAUUUGGACCAAAACAUUUCCAACAAGAAGGAUCCAUUUAGCCAAUUUAAGAAGUUGUUCCCAAUUCAUGUGGAUCGGAGGUUCUCUGUCCAGGGGUUCACUAUGCCCCCAAGAUGCACCAAGCCUACCCUUGUUGAGGAAGGAGACUCAGAAGAGAUUCAGCCUUUCGAGUCAGAAGAGUCUAGUUCUGAAGUCUCCAGCGACUCCCCCAUUCCCACCAGCAUGCUGAACACAUUCGAAUUUUCCCCGUAUCAGCCCAACAGCAACAGCUUCUUAGACUUGCUGGAAAGACAGCUGACAAAGCUCAGCUUGGCCUCCUUGGCCGAGAACAAUGAGAAGGGGGACCGGUCCAUCUGUUCCAGCCAUUCCGAGCCCCUAGUGACGAACUUUGUCCCCCUGGAUCUGGACAACCCUGAGACGGAUGUAGACACCAUCUCUACUUCCUCAGAGUCUCCUGUGGUUGUGGAUAUCCCCGAAGUCCCCUUCAUCUGUGAGCACACCGUCAGUGACUCCACAGCUGUGAUCACCUGGAACAGGAGCCAAGGCAAGCAGCGGGUGAGUUUCUACCAGGUUCUCCUGCAGGAGACAGAGCUAAAGAAAGACAAAGUGAAGAAUGAGAUGCCCAGGGAAAAAUACUGCCCCUGGAUCUUCAACCACAUCACGGGCACGUCUGUCAAGCUCAUGGAACUGAAGCCGAACACCGAGUACUACAUCAGGAUCCGUGCUGCUAACCUAGCAGGCCCAGGGGAAUGGUGCAAACCCUACAAAUUUUCCACACUGGCCAUUAAUGUGAGUGGCUUCCCCAAGGAGAACCCCAUCCAAAUCACCGUGCUUCGUCGAGAACCCCAGAGGAAAACGGUACACGUUGGGGUCAAAGAGCUGAGGAGACUGGAGGACUUGGAAUUCAUUUUUCCCAACUAA